CCACGCCUCCCGGGUCGCAGGUACAUAAACCAGCACUCGAUGCGUAUCCAGCGCCACCACCAUCCCGUAGGUUUCCCAUCUACCUACCCUCACAGAGAACUAGGUUCUUGACACCCUCAUCAUGCGCGACGUUAUCAACCCGCUGUCGCUGCCCAACAAUGCCGCGCCAAUGUGGUACCGCGACCCCGGUCUGCGGGCACUCGCCUUCCCCACCGCCAUCGGCUUUGGCUGCUCCAUUUCCUUGGGCUACGACGGCUCGCUCAUGAACGGCCUGCUCGCCAACAAGUUCUUUGUGUCCGCCAUCGACAACCCCGACCCCAGCAAGCUCGGCCUCAUCGUUGCGGGAUACACCCUCGGUGGCCUGCCAGCUCUGCUUCCCGCUUCCUUCCUAGCCGACCGAUUCGGUCGUCGCGUGGCCCUUAGCAUUGGCUGCCUCAUCAUCGUUAUUGGUGGUAUCGUCCAGGCUCUUACCACUGGUGGUUGGAAAAUGUUUGCUGGCCGCUUCAUCGUCGGCAUGGGAGGCACUUUCUGCUCCAUUUCGGGCUCGGCGUACACCGCUGAGAUCGCGCAUCCUCGUAAUCGCGCUCAGGUUGCCGCUCUUAUUCAGACAUGCUGGUACUUUGGUUCUAUCAUCGCGGCCUGGACGGCCUUUGGUGCUGGCUACUGGAACAGCUCCUGGUCGUGGCGUCUGCCAUGCCUCAUUCAAAUCCUCCCUCCCCUCGUGCAGCUCGCGUCGAUGCCUUUCAUCCCCGAGUCACCUCGUUUCCUGGUGUCCAAGGGCCGCGUCGAGGAAGCACACCAGGUGCUGGCCAGGUACCAUGCCAACGGAGACAAGCAGGAUGAGCUAGUCCUCUUUGAGCUCCAGGAAAUCAAGGAGGCUCUCGAGACCGAGCGCACCGCAACCGAGGGCGUCUCGUACGCUACAUUCUUCAAGACGGCCGGCAACCGCCACCGUCUUGCUAUCUUGAUCAUGGUUGGCUUCUCCUCUCAGUGGGUCGGCAACGGCAUCAUCUCGUACUACCUCGUGGCGAUUCUUGAGAGCGUCGGCAUGACGUCCCCCGCCAAGCAGCAGGGCUUCAACGGUGGUCUUCAGAUCUGGAACUGGUUCCUCGCUAUCGGCGGCUCGCUAUGUGUCGAGUGGCUCGGCCGCAGGAAGCUCUGGCUUACGUCGGCUAUCGGCAUGUUCUUCUCGUUCGCCAUUAUCAUGGGCUGCUCGGCGGCGUACGCCGAGCAUGGCCUCACAAACGCCGGUCCCGCUGUGAUGGCCUUUGUCUUCAUCUACUUUGGCUUCUACGACAUUGCAUUCACUGGUCUGACCCUCGCGUACCCGCUAGAGAUCCUGCCCUACUCGCUGCGCACGCGCGGCAUGGCCAUCAUGUCGUUCUGCGUCACCUGCGCCCUCUUCUUCAACCAGUACGUCAAUCCCAUCGCCCUCGCCGCCAUGCGCUGGAAGUACUACUCGAUCUACAUCGUCCUGCAGGCCCUCACGAUUAUGUGCAUCUACUUCUUCUACCCCGAGACCAAGGGCCUUCUGCUCGAGGAGGUCGCGACCGUCUUCGACGGCGAGAAGGCCAUCCUCUCCGCACAGCGCGAAGGCGUCGCCGCCGACGACUCCAAGGACGGCUCGGCGACCCACCUCGAGACCAAAGAUUACACUGAGGCCCGUGCCGUCUGAGCGCUUUGUGUGUGACGCAGUAUCGUGGUUUGUACUGCGUACAAGUAAGGAGAAGAAGUACAAGUAAUACAGUCCCGCUCAGUUUUAGUAUGAUUCCUAACCCUAGCUUCCUACUGUAGUUGGUGUUUUUGAAUGCUAUUCGAGUAUUACCAGG